UCUCCUCUGCCCUGCCCUGCGCUUCUUCACUUCUUCGUCUCCUUCCACCUCCACCCUCCCCUGUCCCUCCCUCACUCCCUCCCUCCUCCCAGGCUCUCCGUCCACCCCGAACCAGCACACUGCCACCGCGCCCAACCGCGAUGCCACCGGACGGCGACAGCGCCGCGGCCACGGGCGCGGACAUCGCGGCGGACGAGCUGCAGAGCCUCAGCUUCGGCUCAUCCUCGGACCGCUCGCGCUCCCGCUCCGCCUCCACGGUCUCCACCGCCACCGCGUCCUGCUCCACCUCCUCGUCAGGCCCACUCCACCACCACCUCUCCCUCCCGGCCCCUCCUUCUCGCCGCACCCCCACCUCCACCACCACCUCCACCACCGCGCUCCCCACGACGCAGAUCCCGCGCCUCGGCGCCGUAUCCCUCUCCGACAUCCGGUUCCUGCGCCGCCUCGGCGCGGGGGACAUUGGCAGCGUGUACCUGGCCGAGGUCAGGCCACCCACCGCCGGCAACAAGGCGGACACGGAGAAGGAGAAGCACCCGCCUACGCCGCCGACACCGCCGAUGGUGGUGGCGGCCAAGGUGAUGGACCGGAAGGAGCUGGAGGGGCGGAACAAGGAAGGCCGCGCCCGCACGGAGCGGGAGAUCCUGGAGGCCGUCGACCACCCGUUCCUGCCCCGCCUCUACGGCGUCGCGGAAGGGGACCGCUGGUCCUGCCUCCUCACCGAGUUCUGCCCCGGCGGCGACCUCCACGUCCUCCGCCAGCGCCAGCCCCACCGACGCUUCUCCGAGUCCGCCGUCAGGUUCUACGCGGCGGAGGUGGUGGCGGCGAUGGAGUACAUCCACAUGAUGGACAUCGUGUACCGCGACCUCAAGCCGGAGAACGUCCUGGUCCGCGCCGACGGCCACAUCAUGCUCACCGACUUCGACCUCUCGCUGAAAUGCGACCCGACGGCUCCAACCCCGGCGCACGUCAUCUCCGACCCGCUCUCCUUCGCCGCCCGUCCGGCCACCUCCACCACCUCCUGCGCCAUCUCCUCCUGCAUCGUCCCCGCCGCCUCCUGCUUCCACCUCUUCCCUGGCCGCCGGCAUCGACGACGACGCUGGCGCGCAGCCAAGAAACCGUCGUCGUCGUCGUCGAACGGCGGCAACAGCAGCGGCGGUAACGGCGGGCUGGAGCUGGAGUUCGUGGCGGAGCCGGUGGAGCUACGGUCCAUGUCGUUCGUGGGCACGCACGAGUACCUGGCGCCCGAGAUCGUGUCCGGGGAAGGGCACGGCAGCUCCGUGGACUGGUGGACGCUGGGCGUCUUCGUCUUCGAGCUCCUCUACGGUGUCACCCCGUUCAAGGGCUACGACAACGAGAUGACGCUGGCCAACAUCGUGGCGCGCGCGCUCGAGUUCCCCCGGGACCCCGCCGUGUCGUCCGCCGCCAGGGACCUCGUCACCGCGCUCCUCGCCAAGGACCCCGCCCGCCGCCUCGGCGCCACCGUCGGCGCCGCGGCGAUCAAGCGCCACCCGUUCUUUGGCGGCGUCAACUGGGCCCUGCUCCGCUGCGCCACCCCGCCCUACGUGCCGCCGCCGUUCAGCGUCGCUAAUAACAAGGCUGGUGGUGGUGGUGGUGGGAGCAAUGGCAAGGGCGGCGACGGCGGCGACGAUGACGGCGACGUGUCGGAGGAUAGUUGUCCUGGCACGCCCGUGGAGUACUACUAAAAGAAGAAGAAGAAGCAGCAGCAGCAGCAGCCAAGGAGAAAGAAGCCGCGGCGGGCCUGCUGGUCGGUCGGUGGGUUCCCGUCGUCUCGCCGGGUUGGGUGGGCCCCAAAGAGGCACGUCUUCUUGUCCGAGUCCGGCGGGGGGGGGGCACGUGGUGGGGGACGGAUGGACCACGGCGCAUGGCGCGCACGAGGCGGGCGGCCGGACGGACGGAGGAGGCAGGGCGCGCUGUCGCCGCGCGCCCCAAGUGGCUGCCGGCCGGCCGGCCGGGUGCGUGUCUCCGAGGGAGCUCGAGCUCGCGUAUACCGCCCCGGCCGCCGGGCCUUCUUAUCAAUAAUAAUAACAUAAUGCCGUUUCUUGUUGCUUCAUGGCUGCAGAGUAUGUUGGGGGUGGGGUGCUGCUUGGAACGCAGGAAAUGUCAGUCAGAAGGUGAACGUCUUGUGUUCCAAGCAGGACCUCGAUCAGAAUCAGUAUCAUGUUGGAAUCGUACUAUCAUUUGUUGUAUUAUGUUUAUCUACUAGUAGUAGUAGUACAAGGCCUUGUUUA